GGCUUGUUCCCACCGCGUGGCAUUCAUAUUUGAAAUGCCGACCUAUAUUCUCCAAGCGACUCACGCUAUCCUUGAAUUGUUGCAAUGCUCCGCUCCUGCUGCAGGGGGCAGCGGGGCCUAGAAUUAACAGACCGUCGGCAUCAACAUCUAUAAAUCGGAUAGAAUGUCUUUUUCGUGGGGCUGAGGAAUCGAACCCCUAGGUUUCGUCCCCAGGCCUUGCCCUCUCAAGCUCUCACAGACGCCUCCGAGUUGUUUUUUUUUUCCCAACGAUCGACAAAAAUGGUUCCCUCCACUCUCGCCGUCAAGGGCGCCAUCCUGGCGUACUCGUGCCUGGGCAGCGGCCCGCUCUUGGUCACGGUCCCCGGCGCCAACGGAGACGCAGCCAUCUUUGACCUGGCGGUGCCGCACCUGGCCAACAACUUCACCGUCUGCUCGUACGACCGGCGCGGCUACAGCCGCAGCGUCUACACGGAGCCCAACGACCUGACCAUGCCCGUGCGGCUGCAGACCGACGCCGACGACGUCGCCGCCCUCAUCGACCACCUGUCGCCCGGCGAGCCCGCCCUCGUCUUCGGCACCAGCAGCGGCGCCAUCGUGUCCCUGGACCUCUUGUCCCGCCACCCGGAAGCCGUGUCCUUCCUGGUCGCCCACGAGCCGCCCCUGACCAGGACCCUCGGGGAAGCCGGCGCCCAGAUCCAGGCCGUGUUCCAAAGCGCCGAGGACACCUUCUUCAGCGAGGGCAUCCACGCCGCCGUCCAGGUCUUCCUGGGCCCCGUCGUCGCCUCGGACCCCGAGUCCGUCGCCGCCCACGACGCCCUGGACUCCCCCGCCCACGCCUCCAACGCCGCCCUCUUCUUCGCCCACGAGAUCAACCACUACACCGCCUACUCGGUCGACACGCCCGCGCUCCAGGCCUCCAGGGACAAGCUCGUCUUUGACAAUGGCGACGACAGCACCCCGCCCGCCACCACCAUGACCGACAACCUCGCGCAGAGCGUCGGCGUCGCCGUCGAGCACACGCCCGGCGGCCACCUUGGCUACGUCUCCAAGCCUGUUGAGUUCGCCGCGGCGCUUGCGGAGAUUUUUGCCGCGCACGGGAAGCUGUAGAUGCGCUGUGCGGUGAUGGGGUUCCGUUGGUGUAAUUUUUUUGGUUUUGUACUUUGAUCAUCUGACGGAGAUGUAUGUGGCCUUUGCGCUACAUGUCGAACAAUGAAAUAAGCAUCACUCGACCAGG